AUGGCAGCUUUGACUCCCGCGACGCCCGCGACACCUGCGACGCCGCUCCAGUUCUCGGGUCUUGACGCCGAGGACAUCACGACUCUGGACGAUUCUACCGCGCCCACCACACCAGACGGAAGCUCUUCGUUCAGCCCCAACCUCCGCCCCCAGGAUGACGAUGCUGGUUAUCUCAACGUCAGUUCCCUUUCCGCCGCCCUCGCAGCUGCUGCGCCUGCCGUCCGCAAUGUCUGUUUCAUUGGGGCCGGCUUCGUCGGCGGGCCGACCGCGGCAGUGAUCGCUCUGCACAACCCCCACAUCCGCGUCACCGUCGUGGACAAGGACCACACCCGCAUUCGAAGAUGGAAUUCGAAGCACCCCCCGAUUUACGAACCCGGGUUGAAUGACAUCUUGCGCGUUGUGCGAGACGGUUCGACGGCGACUAAGGGGGAUGCCGCCGCCAGACAGCCCAACUUGAUUUUCACCACCGAUGUGGCCACGUGUGUGCGAGAAGCCGAUGUGGUUCUCAUUGCGGUGAAUACCCCAACCAAGGAACGCGGGAACGGCGCGGGGUCCGCUACCGACAUGGCUGCGUUUGAGGCGGUCACGGCCAUGGUUGCUAGGCACGCGAGUCCCGGCGCUAUCAUUGUUGAGAAGUCAACGGUCCCGUGCCGGACAGCGCAGCUCGUGCAGGACACCCUUGCGUUACACCGACCGGGCGUCGAAUUCCAAGUUCUCAGCAACCCCGAGUUUCUCGCCGCAGGGACUGCCAUCAAAGACCUGCAGCAUGCCGACCGCAUCCUAAUCGGAUCCAGCAACACCGCCGCGGGGCACAAAGCCGCCACAGCCCUGGCAUCCGUCUACGCCAGUUGGAUUCCCACAGAGCGCAUCAUCACCACCAACGUCUUCAGCUCCGAACUAGCCAAACUAGUCGCCAACUCCAUGCUCGCCCAGCGCAUCAGCAGCAUCAACUCCAUCGCGGCCGUGUGCGACGCUACGGGAGCAGACAUCGACGAAGUAGCUCGCGCAGUAGGAGCAGACCCCCGCAUCGGCAGCAAAUUCCUCAAAGCCGGCAUCGGCUUCGGCGGGAGCUGCUUCAAGAAGGACAUCUUGAGCCUGGUCUACCUGGCCGAGACCCUAGUUCUCCCCGAGGUAGCCCAAUACUGGCGGGCCGUGGUUGAAAUGAACGAGUUCGCUCGGAACCGUCUCGUGACAAGGGUGCUUCGGUGUCUGAACAACACGUUGACGGGCAAGAAGGUGACGGUGCUUGGGUUUGCGUUUAAGAAAGACACAAACGAUACGCGCGAAUCGCCCGCGCUGGAUAUCAUCCAUGCGCUGGCGAAGGAAAACCCCAGGGAGAUUGCCGUGUACGACCCGCUUUGUACGGCUCCGCAGAUGGCCGAACAGAUUGGGCGCUACGCCGGGACGGAUGUGCUGAAGAGCAAUGGCGGUCCCGUGGUUGUUUACACGGAUGUUUAUGGGGCGUGCCAUGGGUCUGAUGCUGUGCUCAUCACGACUGAGUUUGACGAGUUCAAGAAUGGGCCCGCGGAGGUGGAGGCGCAACUGGAAGUGAGCAGCGGAGCUGCUGGCAAACUCGAGGGGACGCCUGAUAAUCAAGUCGUCUCGGCCGACGAUUCUGCUGCUGCUGUUGACGGCCAACUGGCCGCCAGCCUUAACCCAGUGCCGCCUUGCGAGGAAGACUGCCCCGAAUGCCAAGCAGAGGAAGACUCUGCUGCCGACAAAAAGAAUGACGAGCCUCAGUCCCAUCGCAAGGCCCGGCUGGACUGGACAAAGGUUUAUUACGACAUGAAUUCACCGCACUGGGUUCUGGACGGGAGGGGAGUUUUGGAUAUUUCAGUGAUGGAGAAACUUGGGUUCCGUGUUGAGAGUAUUGGUCGGCAGAGUGGAUUGGCAAGGAAGUCCUUCCCUCCCAAGAACUACAGGUGA